CUACCGGCACCUCUAUGACACUUCGGCACCCAUGCACAGUGACAAGCAUGCUUGCCUUAAUAGUUGGCGACAGAUCGGAGGAGUUCUGGGGGUCGAUGGAGACACCUGCCAAAAGAAGUGGAAGUCAGUCCGCGAUCGCUAUGUUCGCGCCAGACGUAAAAUGCUAGAGAAGCGGAGCGGGGACGGGGCAGAGGAUUUAUUUUGCCCGGCCGUUGUUAAACGACUCAGCUGGCUUCAAAAUUAUAUUUUUCACCGCAGCACCGACACCAACUUCCCUCGGAGUCCGAUUCCUGAUGAAGAGCCUCCCUCACCUGGCGUGAUGUCUCCAGGCCCUGUGUCACCUGGCCCCAUGUCCCCCAGCCCUGUCUCACUGGGCCCUGUGUCACCCAGUCCUGUCUCACCGGGCCCCAUUUCACCUGGUCCUGUCUCGCCAGGCCCCAUGUCACCUAGUCCUGUGUCCCCCAGCCCUGUGUCACCUGGCCCCGUGUCAUCAUCUGUCUCCUCCUCUCAGCUCUCAACCCUUCCCACUCCUACUCCGUCUACCUCAACUGAGCCAUCAACACCCUCUGGAGAAAAAAAAAGAAAAGCAAGAAAGCGAGCCCUGGAGACAGAUACUGUGGAUGCCGCCCUUCUGAAGAGGCUUGAUGAGAUAAGGGAGGAGCGGCAAUCAGGUCAAAACCUCUAUGCCAAUUUUGGGAGGUAUGUGGGCAGCUUUUUGCAGGAGUUGCCCCAAGAUUCAGCGAAAAGACUGAUGAGGGAGAUGAAACAACUAAUGGAGGUUUAUGAACUCUGAUCACAACUAUAUGAAUACCUUUGUUUUCUUUUUUGAAGUUGUGGUUCUCAUUGUUUACAUUUCUGUUUUGUUUUUACAUUGUUGCUACUGUUAUAUAUGAUGUUACGUUAUU